GAACUUACCAAGCACGAACAGUCAACCACGUCUGGCAUUCAACUUGUAUCUACUCUACAGCGAAUCCCUUUCCCCUUCUGUACAACAUUUCUAGCACACAACCCAUGAUGAACAAUCGUCAAAACCAUUGUUAGGGUUUCGCUCGCAUUUCCCCCAUAAUCCUUUUGUCAUUAGAAGCAUUUGGCGAAGCUUCGCCGUCGUACGUUGUAUUUGGAGAGGCAAAAGUCUCCACAGAUCCGAAGCUGUGAACAAUGGCGGGUCCUGUGGGUCGUAGAGGAACGAACGCGUCGCAAUCGAUUCGUGGAUCUAGAAUCGCCGUUGCGAUUGUUAUCGGAGUUCUACUGGGAUGCAUCUUUGCAGUAUUAUACCCUCAUGGUCUCUUCUCCGAUAUAUCUAAUCCCACUUCUCAUUUUCGGAGUCGCCGUCUUUCCAAAUCGAAUCCAAAGAUCGAAUCAACUUCAUGUGAAUCAACAGAAGAAAUCAACAAACUAAAAUCAGAAAUAACAGAUCUAUCCAACAAAAACGAUGAAUUAAAGAAACAAGUCAGGGACUUAACCGUGAAAUUACAAGCAUCUGAACAAAAAAACGGUCAAUCCGAUUCCGAUCAACAAAUUGCAACCGUAUCCAACCCACAAAAACCCGGUCCAUUUGGAACAGUAAAAGGCACAACAAUAAACCCUACAAUCCUCCCGGACGCCACCAUAAACCCUAGACUCGCCAAAAUCCUUGAAAAACUCACAACCGAAAAAGAAGUCAUAGUCGCAUUAGCCAAUUCCAACGUCAAAUCCAUGUUAGAAGUCUCCGUUUCCAGCAUCAAGAAAGCCGGAAUCCCCAAUUACCUCGUUGUCGCUCUCGACGACGGAAUCGUCGACUUUUGCAAAGAAAACGACGUCGCGUUCUACAAACGUGACCCAGACGAAGGAAUCGAUUCCGUUGCUAAAUCCGGUGGGAAUCACGCCGUUUCCGGUCUAAAAUUCAGAAUCUUACGGGAAUUCCUACAACUCGGGUACAGCGUUCUUUUAUCUGACGUGGACAUCGUUUACAUACAAAACCCUUUCAAUUUCAUCUACCGGGAUGCUGACGUGGAGUCCAUGUCAGAUGGGCAUGAUAACUUUACAGCUUAUGGGUAUAACGAUGUGUUUGAUGAGCCUUCAAUGGGGUGGGCUAGAUACGCGCAUACAAUGAGAAUUUGGGUUUAUAAUUCGGGGUUUUUUUAUUUGAGGCCAACGAUCCCAGCCAUUGAAUUGUUGGAUCGUGUGGCUGAGAGGCUCUCUAAACCACCACCUGCGUGGGAUCAAGCAGUUUUUAAUGAGGAAUUGUUUUUUCCUUCGCAUCCAGGGUAUAUUGGUCUUUAUGCUUCGAAGAGGACUAUGGAUAGGUAUAUGUUUAUGAAUAGUAAGGUGAUGUUUAAGGAAGUGAGGAAAGAUGAGAAUUUGAAGAAGUUGAAACCGGUUAUUGUUCAUGUGAAUUAUCAUCCGGAUAAAUUACCGAGGAUGAAAGCGGUUUUUGAGUUUUAUUUUAAUGGGAAACAAGAUGCACUUGAGCCCUUUCCUGAUGGGUCUGAUUGGUAAAUGGGAAAAGAGGAUGGUUUGACUUUACCAUAUUAGGUAAAUUUUAUAAUGAUUUUGAAAGAAUAUGUAUGUGUAUUAUGAUGAACUAUGAUGA